AAAAAUAUUCAAAAUCUAAAGCUCCUUUUAAUCUCACUACAACACCUCGCAUAGUUUCAUCUUUAUUUACAUUUAUUAUGCUAUUUUUCUACUUAAAGCUUUGGUAAUUCUUGAGUUCUCCUCUCAUAUGUCUGUGGUUCAUAUUUCUUGAUAGCAGUCAAAACAAACACCAAUCCAAACUAUCCGUCGACUAUGUUUAAACCCUCAACUCUUCUUACUUCUACAAAUAAACCGCCUUCCAUUUCGCCCUCUUCCCUUCCCCCUUUUUGCGCACAAAAAUACAAACACACCACUGUCCACACUUUAACAUGUUAAACCCUCAAAGGGCCAUCACCAAUGGCGAGAACGACCACGACCACGAUCACGAUCAAGCUGAUCAGGGUCACCAGGACGAUGAACCUAACAUCAGAGACAUCCAUGCCUUGACCCCACCCCAUCCCCUUCCGCUGAAUCGUGGCCGUAGAAGAGAGACUUGGGAGACUAGUAGCCAUCCAUCAUCGUCCAUGUCCAUCUCCAGUGAAGGAGCUGCAAGUGAGAAUUUUACCACCAUGAGCAGAGAAUUCAGCGCCUUGGUUCUUGCGGGUUCGGCUAUAGAGACUAAUGAAAGUGAUGUGAUGAUGAACGAUAUGAAUAAUAGUCACUUGACGAGGAUUGGAGAGGAAGAGAUACCGGAAGAGACUAAUCCUUUGGCUAUAGUACCGGAUAAUAGUCCGUUGGAGUCGAGUCUGGAUUCGAGACGGGUGGGUUCCGGCGGCUUUCAUGGUGAUGUUUCGGUGCAGAGAGUGAAGAAAGAAGAGGUGGAGACGAAGAUAUCAGCAUGGCAAAACGCGAAGAUUUCGAAGCUUAAUAAUCGGUUUAAGAGAGAAGAGGCGAUAAUUAAUGGUUGGGAGAGUGAGCAAGUGGAAAAGGCUAAUUCUUGGAUGAAGAAAGUUGAGAGGAAGCUAGAAGAGAAGAGAGCGAGAGCCCUGGAGAAGAUGCAAAAUGAUGUGGUGAAAGCACGCAGAAAAGCUGAAGAGAGAAGGGCGUCAUCGGAGUCCAAGAGAGGAACCAAAGUGGCAAGAAUUCUUGAAGUUGCUAAUUUGAUGAGAGCUGUUGGCAGAGCUCCGGUCAAACGAUCUUUCUUCUAAUUAUGUUCUAUAAUUAUUAUUAGUAUCAUAAACUAAAGAAGAAGAUUUUAUUUCUUUCUUUCCAAAGAAGAGCAAAGUGUGGACAAUUAUGAAAUUUAAAAGAGUGUUGUUUGGAAGAAAUGUGUGUUGGUGGAGCAACUUUUAUUUGAUGGUUUGUAAAUUAAUUAUAUUAAAUUGUUAAUGGCUUAUUUUUGUUGGUAGAGA